UUGCAAGAUGUCAGACCUUCCCACCCGCUUCCGCGUCGCCCAGAUGAUUGGGACCCUUGGUGCCUCUUGGCUCUCUGGAAACAUGGCUGCGCUAUCCCUCAUUUCCAUGCCCGCUCUGAUCCUUUUGCAAUCAGAAGACCAGAUUCCAUCAGUGGAUGUAUGCAAGUACUUCAGGCGUAUAUUGGAAAAGGGAGGGGUGAACCCUCCUCUGAUCGCAAUGACCGCCUGUGCGAACGGCUAUUUGGCAUGGUCGUAUCGUCCAGGUGGCUGGUGCCGCCGCAUUUUUCCCGACGUGGAUAUGACCCCCUAUCUUGCGGCAGCUGCCUUGACAUUCUCGAUCCUCCCUUUCACAGUAAUCGCUAUCAUACCAAUCAAUAAGGCACUGGGACAGCGAGCGGAGGGGCUUGAGAAGAAAAAUCAGAGGAAAUCUGGCCCAGAUGAUACGCAGGAGUUACUGAGAAAAUGGAUCUUUCGUAACGGUGUAAGAAGCUUGCUUGGGCUUACAGCUGCUGCUAUAACUCUGGGGGCAGUGCUAUAA